AUGGCGCCUCCUCAACUAGACACUGUCCUUACGGAGAUGGAUGGCAGCAUUGGAAUCAUACGCUUCAACAGGCCGAAGAAUGCCAAUGCUUUGAGUACCCAAUUAAUGAAGGAUGUCCUUGCAGCUCUCCAAUGGGCAACCAACGAAGCAGAUGUGAGGGUGAUCGUCUUUACAGGAGUAGGGAGAUUCUACACCUCUGGCAUGGACCUGGUGGGCGUACCGUCCGACGGCCCAGUAUUAUCUGACGAGGCUAUUGACACUCUGUCCGACCUCGCCAGCUCCAUCCACGAGACCCUCAUCAAGACUUCAAAAACAACCAUCGCGGCCGUUAAUGGCCCAGCAGCUGGAUGGGGCACUAGCAGUAUCGCACUGUUCGACCUCGUGUAUUCGGUCCCAGAUGCCAUCUUCUUCACGCCUUUCGUGAAAUGGGGCUUAUGUGCUGAAGGCUGCUCCAGCGUAACGUUCAUGAAGAUCAUGGGACGCCAGAAAGCAGCGUCUCUCAUCCUCGCUGGCGAACGCAUGACGCCGCAGGAGUUGGAGAGCGCUGGAUUAAUUAGCAAGAUCCUGCCGAAGGAGAACUUCUUUGAGGAUGUUAUGAAGAUUGCGAGGCGGGUCGUGGCACAGCCGCCUGGUGCUCUUAAGUUCUCAAAAGAACUUAUGAUGGCGCCUAUUAGAGACGAGCUACUGGCAGCGAACCAACGGGAGUGUGCAGGAUUGGCAGAGCGAGGGCGGACUGAUGAGCCAAGGCAGGCCAUUGCUGCAUUCGAGGUUGAGCAGAAAGCCCGACGGAAGGCGAAGCUAUGA